CGAGUAGCGACUUUACCAAUCGGAGGCCUCCACGACGGGGCUGCGGGGAGGAUAUAUAAGCCGAAUCGGCGACGGCGCGCUUGAUACUGGCCGAGACUACACUGACCGAGGGACGUGCGCUUUUGUGGGUGUGAGAGGUCAGAACCGUGGUCGCGUUUCGGGGCUGCAGCCUGUUGCUGGACUCUUGAGGCUGCUGAGCGACUGAUCCACAGCGCCGGCAAGAUGAAGUUCACUGUGGUGGCAGCGGCGCUGCUGCUGCUGUGCGUGGUGCGGGCCGAGGAGGAAGACAAGAAGGAGGAUGUGGGCACGGUGGUCGGCAUCGACUUGGGGACCACCUAUUCCUGCGUCGGUGUGUUCAAGAACGGCCGCGUGGAGAUCAUAGCCAACGAUCAGGGCAACCGCAUCACGCCGUCGUACGUGGCCUUCACUCCUGAAGGGGAACGUCUGAUUGGCGACGCUGCCAAGAACCAGCUCACGUCUAACCCCGAGAACACCGUCUUCGACGCCAAGCGCCUCAUCGGACGCACUUGGAAUGACCCUUCGGUGCAGCAGGACAUCAAGUUCUUGCCAUUCAAGGUGGUUGAAAAGAAAACUAAACCAUAUAUUCAAGUUGAUAUUGGAGGUGGGCAAACCAAGACAUUUGCCCCAGAAGAAAUUUCUGCCAUGGUUCUCACUAAAAUGAAGGAAACUGCUGAGGCAUAUUUGGGAAAGAAGGUUACCCAUGCAGUUGUUACUGUACCAGCUUACUUCAAUGAUGCCCAGCGGCAAGCAACCAAAGAUGCUGGCACUAUUGCUGGACUGAAUGUCAUGAGGAUCAUCAAUGAGCCUACAGCAGCUGCUAUUGCAUAUGGGCUGGAUAAGAGAGAGGGAGAGAAGAACAUCCUUGUGUUUGACCUGGGUGGCGGAACCUUCGAUGUGUCUCUUCUCACCAUUGACAAUGGUGUCUUUGAAGUGGUGGCCACUAAUGGAGAUACUCAUCUGGGUGGGGAAGACUUUGACCAGCGGGUCAUGGAACACUUCAUUAAGCUGUACAAAAAGAAAACUGGUAAAGAUGUUAGAAAAGACAACAGAGCUGUGCAGAAACUCCGGCGUGAGGUGGAAAAGGCUAAGCGAGCCCUGUCUUCUCAGCAUCAAGCAAGGAUUGAAAUCGAGUCCUUCUUCGAAGGAGAAGACUUCUCAGAGACCCUUACUCGGGCCAAAUUUGAAGAGCUGAACAUGGACCUCUUCCGCUCUACCAUGAAGCCUGUCCAGAAAGUGUUGGAAGACUCUGAUCUGAAGAAAUCUGAUAUUGAUGAAAUUGUUCUGGUUGGUGGAUCUACUCGAAUUCCAAAGAUUCAGCAACUGGUGAAAGAGUUCUUCAAUGGCAAGGAGCCAUCCCGUGGCAUAAACCCAGAUGAAGCUGUAGCAUAUGGCGCCGCUGUCCAGGCUGGUGUCCUCUCUGGUGAUCAAGAUACAGGUGAUCUAGUACUGCUUGAUGUGUGUCCCCUUACACUUGGUAUUGAAACUGUGGGAGGUGUCAUGACAAAACUGAUUCCAAGGAACACCGUGGUACCCACCAAGAAGUCUCAGAUCUUCUCCACGGCUUCCGAUAAUCAGCCAACUGUAACAAUCAAGGUCUAUGAAGGCGAACGACCCCUAACAAAAGACAAUCAUCUUCUGGGUACAUUUGAUCUGACUGGAAUUCCUCCUGCUCCCCGUGGAGUUCCCCAGAUUGAAGUUACCUUUGAGAUAGAUGUUAAUGGUAUUCUUCGAGUAACAGCUGAAGACAAAGGUACAGGAAACAAAAACAAAAUCACAAUUACCAAUGACCAAAACCGCCUGACACCUGAAGAAAUUGAGAGGAUGGUUAAUGAUGCUGAGAAGUUUGCUGAGGAAGACAAAAAGCUCAAAGAGCGCAUCGACACCAGGAAUGAGUUGGAAAGCUAUGCUUACUCUCUCAAGAAUCAGAUUGGAGAUAAAGAAAAGCUGGGAGGUAAACUUUCUUCUGAAGAUAAAGAAACCAUGGAAAAAGCUGUAGAGGAAAAGAUUGAAUGGCUGGAAAGCCACCAGGAUGCAGACAUUGAAGACUUUAAAGCUAAAAAGAAGGAACUAGAAGAAAUUGUUCAGCCAAUUAUCAGCAAACUCUAUGGAAGUGGAGCCCCUCCCCCAACUGGUGAAGAGGAUACAUCAGAAAAAGAUGAGUUGUAGGUGCACUGAUCUGCUAGAGCUGUAAUAUUGUAAAUACUGGACUCAGGAACUUUUGUUGGGAGAAAAAUUGAGAGAACUUAAGUCUCGAAUGUAAUUGGAAUCUUCACCACAGAGUGGAGUUGAAAAUGCUAUAGCCCAAGUGGCUGUUUACUGCUUUUCAUUAGCAGUUGCUCACAUGUCUUGGGGUCAUGGAGAGGAGGAAUUGGCUAUUUUAAAAAUGGGGAAAAAGCUGGGUCAGGGUGUGUGUUCACCUUGGAUAUGUUCUAUUUAACAAUUGGGUCAUGCACAUGUGGUGUAGGAACUUUUUUCUACCAUAAGUGACACCAAUAAAUGUUUGUUAUUUACACUGGUC